AUGAGUCAACACGAGUCGUUAGAAAAGGCGGCGUCUCCCAGCUCAGAUCUCAGCCAAGAUCCUGUCGACAGUUCAAAACCACAAACUCCCAGUCUUGACCUACAGAGAAGCUCAGAUUCAUCCAAGACUCUUUCUGAACCAGAAACCCCAGAGAAAACCGCGGCCAAAGACAGCGCAACUGAUCCAAAGUCGUCAGAACCGUCAAGCAAGAGACACACCAUCAACUUCAGCCGACCAAUACCCAUCAUGACGGGUCGUAAGACGACGGUGACAUCUUAUUCUGCCAAGGCGUCUCCCCCGAACAUGAAGCGCGGAAGCCCAGAAAUGCAAUACGGAGAAGACUACCAAGGCAGGCUUGCCUCCUACCCUUACGCUCCUAGAUCGGACAGCCACCAGACACCAAAGCGGGCCAGGACAUCAGCAUCUAUGGCCGAGUCCGCGUCGAGUGAUUUCAAGCUGACAGCACCGGCUCAACUGUCCCUCGAACGCACAUCUCAACUCCAACCAGGCAAUACUAAGCAGCUACCGUCAAGCAUGGGAGCCAGCGGCAUGGUGGGAUAUCCUCCUCCCAUGUCUAGUGGAAUGGCAACCCAGCGGCAAGAAUCCUUCAAUCCAUCCACAACCUCAUCUUCAAACUCCUACAGUUCCUAUGACGCCAAAUGCCUGCUAUCACCUCUGCAGCCGCAGCUGUCCGCGCGGGCCUACGAGAAGAUGCCCGAAAAUGGGCCAACGACGAAGCAAGUGGCUCCGAUGAUGCCAAACUAUCCAGAUUUCAAAUUUACGCCUCCUACCUCUACCGGUCUGCCCGACUGCGCCCGAUUUCCAGGCACUGAACUGCCACAAACAAAACGUUCAGCGCCCUACGAAGGUCCCCGCAUUGCGGAGAGCAGAAGCCAGCGGCCCUACAGAGCCCCUGCGAAGCCGAUCCACAAGACCCCAGAGACCCACGGGACCUGGGAGAAAUCCCCCUAUGGCAUCCCAUACGGCCCCGAGCGCCGCGACGGCCGCCUUCGGACGCCCGAGUGGUACCGCCAGCAGGGUUACUAUGUCGACGAGGAAGAGGACGAGGCGCCUCCAGCCAAGAAUCCAAACUUUGGCGGCCUCCCCCGAAACAUCGACUUGGUUGCGCGCGAGAAUAGAAAAAAGAAGGCGGCAGAUCCAAAUUACGUGGCACCUACCUUGGAGGAGUCCAUGUGGCUGCUUACCCUGGAGGAGCGUCGCGAGACUGAAAGGAAGGAGGAGGAGGCAGAUGCCGAGCGCCUGCGUCAGCAGAGGGAGAAGAAGCAUCAAAAACAACGGCAAGGCGGGUCGCGCUGGGUUGCGGUUGAGGCGGAACGGAGGCGGAGGAGGGAGUUUCAGAAGUUGGUGGAGCAGUACGAGCGCGAGUGUCCGUACAUUUCGGCGUUGCGGCCCAGUAAUAACUUGACUGUCAGGAGUAAUUCAGCAUUUACAAGCGAGAGAAGCAACGGCAAGAUGGUGGAGGUAGGGGGAAACUGGACUAUAAUCGAAGUCGGGGAUGAUCCGUUUGUUAGCAAGGACCCAGAGGGCGACUCAAAUAUGACCAUGAUUGAUACCAUUCCCAAGGAGCAAACGUCAAAGGAACUUCAGAACAGCCAUCUUCAACAGCCAACAGAAGCCAAAGAUGUGUUCCGCGGCCGCGAGGACACGCUAGCGCUCUACCGGCGGCAGAAAGAGGCCUGGGCCAAAGAAGACGGGGCGGCCGCCGCCGAAGCUAAAGUGGAUUGGCACCCCCUGACUACCGACAAGGCGAUCUGGGAGCAGCAAAAGCAGCUGGAAAUGUGGAACCGCCGGAAGGCGGAGCAAGACGGCUCUGUCAAUGCGCCACCGACGCCAAAGUCGGACGCCUCUUCGGGGGUCAGAGAGCAGCAGAGCUCGGGCUCCCUGGACUUUUUGCCCCAAAAGACAAAAGAGCGAUUCGCAAAACUUGCAACCGAGAUUCACGAGCAAAGCAGGUCUACAACUGACAAGAUGAUGGACGGCGCCAUGGAUAUGCAUAUCGGGGAGACGCAGUUGCGGUCGGACACAUGGAGGGAGGACCAUGGGCCCAAGACUUCAGCCAAAAAGCCGCCGUCUAGGAUCAUACUCAAAGUCGGAGGUGUGAAAAAGGCCAGAGGGACAAAGGAAAAUCCCAUAAUCUUGGAGGCGGAGACAGGCAAUCUGGUUGCCAGCGAGGAAGAGAUUGCGGAGCAGCAGAUGCUCCUUGAUAUGCACAAACGACGACAUGAAGAGCUAAAGAACAACUCACAGACUUUCAUUCAACCCGACACAAAAGAGAACAACAUACCGACAGACAAUGGCGACGGCUGGUUGCUGAUCAGAGGCCAGCUUGGCUACAAGGAAGAGACACAUUCUCCAAGAUUGUACUCGCCAUCGAGACCUGUCUACUUCCAGACAGAUUCUGAGUCGGCAGCAUCAAGCAGUAUUUCUUCUUCAGGCGACACACCCCAGACGAGAUCUCCGAUGGUGCCAGCCUUUGAAAUGAGGAUUCAAGCAGACUCUCCAACCGACACAGCUUCAACGUUGGCGUGCCAGCUGAAGGGCCAGGCCAAGUCGAGUGAAAGUUGUUUCUGGACUCCGGACAGAUGGCUCUCUGGUCAAGAUGUUCCUGAAGGAAUACAAGACCCCGUCUCUGAAGGUUUCGCAGACGAAUGGACACCAACACUCGCACCCCCUUCGGAUACCCGAAUAGCUAUACGGAUUGCAAAAACGGCUUGGAGUACUCACAUGGCGGGCAAGCCAAAGCAGACACCCAACAAGGAGAAAAUGUUAGCGGAGCAAGCUGAAGUCAUCCCAAGGGAGCACCGCAAGUCGCAGACAGAUUUCAUGCUCAGCCCGGCAGCCUGUCUAAGCGACGAGGACUAUUGCAAGAUCUGGGCGGAAUGGGCUAGGUUGACAAGGAUCAAGCGCUUUAGGGCAUCCGAUGGAGGUCGGCUGCCUGAAGAUGAGGGGCUGUGUGAAGGCAUGCUCGAGGCUUUUCUCGAAAUGAUGACGAGGGUGUCUGUGGGAGCAUCUGCGUCCCAAGGACAGGCUUUGAAGAACGAGUAUCACAGAUUCAAUGCAGCCCCCAUGCUAACAAUGAACAAGGACCAAGUGAUGCAGGAUGGGCUUGGAUCAACGUCUAAUGGGCCGGACUCAAGUUCACACCAACAAGGUCCAGGAUCUGAGGACGACGGAUAUACCAUCUUGAAUGGGCAACCGUCCGCCCUUGCUGAUACCUCGGCGAUAACACAGCCUGCUCCUCAUGAGCAGCUAGAGUUGAAGGCAGAAUGGAACCCUCCCCCACGGGUGCGACUCGUCAAGGAGUUUAUCGAAAGAGGCAGCUUACAACGGCUUGACCGCAAAACCCGCGAAUACUACUCCACUCUAAUGAACCUGGUUCAAGAACAACGGACUGCGCAGGUUGAUCCUCAGCAUGAUGGGGAUACGCAAAGAACAGCUCGAGCAUCGAACGGCACUCAGGAACAAGGCGAAGCGCCCACCGUCAACAAGCCGGCCGGUGUCAUGAGGUCAGAUAGUCCUUCACUGGGGGUGCCUGUUAGCAUCUCCCCGGUGCAAGCCCAGGCGAUCGAGUUCUUUCGCCGACAGAUGGAGGCCCAGGAAGACAAGGAAGGUUGGAUAAAGCUACAAGCAGGGCUGAUUGCGAUGAUGCAACAGUCGCAGGAAACCAAGAAAAAACUGGAAGAAUCUGCAAAACGACUCAAUAAAACCAGGGCGCAGUUUCGGGAGCAGUGGGGUGACGAAACCUCGACAGACGAAGAUCCAUACCCCGAAGACAACAGACUGGAGAGAAUGGGCGGGCGUAAAGAUGCUGCUCCUACGACCGAUGCCAUGUGGUGGGACACGAAUGCUACCCGACAAAAUGCUCAGAUAGACCUCCGGCACGCGCGUGCCGAGCUUUUCGACCUCCUAUGGAGAAGGCGCAGUUAUCUUGAGCGUGAGCAGGAGGCUAGUUGGGCGAACAAACCAGCAUCGCCCUACAUGGGUAUCGAAGACCAUCGGAUCAGACGAGAUCUGGGCAGGGUCAAGAGAUUGCUAACCCAGCUGAAUAUCGCACGCUCCAGGCUCGAUCCUCCAGAAGAGUGUGUGGAUCUUUCGGAUGGAGAUUCUGCGCUAACCCUGUCGGCCUUUGGGAGCGAUGAGGACAAGGGCGGCGGUGACGGGACUGGAAAACAACGCCUUGGCUACACAUAG